AUGCGGUCGAUCUUCUCCGUCCUCCAGCGGACGGCAGCGACCUCGUGGCAGCCGCAAAUCUCCACGGUUCGGAGUUCUCGUGCGGUGUUCCGGCUUGAUUCCAUCUGUGCCAAAUGUCGCCGACAACAGAUUCGGUUUACGAGUAAUCGACAGCUUGCGGAUGAUCCUAGAUGGCUCUCCGUCGUCGAUCAUCCGGCGCGAAUUGUCCGCACAGGGCGCAAGCACGGACCGGGCUUGAUCAUUCUAGCAUUGAUCCCCAUCAUCUCAUUCGCCUUGGGCACAUGGCAAGUCCAGCGACUGGAUUGGAAGACCAAGUUGAUCGCAAAGUUCGAGGACCGUCUCGUAAAGCCUCCACUCCCGCUGCCUCCACGCAUUGAUCCAGAUGCCAUUUCCGAAUUUGAUUACCGAAAAGUGUACGCCACAGGUCAUUUCCGACACGAUCAGGAGAUGUUGAUCGGGCCGCGCAUGCGUGAAGGCCACGAGGGUUUCAUGGUGGUCACCCCACUGGAGAGAGGCCCUGGAGCAAGCACCGUGCUUGUUAACAGAGGUUGGAUCUCCAGGAAGAUGAUGAACCAGAAGGACCGGGCGGACGGUUUGCCCAAGGGCGAGGUCACAGUCGAGGGUUUGCUUCGGGAACCAUGGAAGAAGAACAUGUUUACGCCUGAGAACAAGCCGGAGCAGGGGAAAUUCUACUUUCCCGAUGUUUACCAGAUGGCUGAACUGACAGGGAGUCAACCUGUGUGGAUUGAAGAGACCAUGGUGCCCGAUAUGGUCGAAGCGUUCAACAGGGAGGACAAUGGUAUUCCCAUCGGCCGCGCAGCUGAGGUCAACCUGCGGAACAACCACAGCCAGUACAUUUUCACAUGGUACGGUCUGUCGCUGGCAACAUCCAUUAUGAUGUGGAUGGUUGUCCGCAAGAGGCCGAAUGAGGUCACUCGUCGUGUUGUCCAGAAUCGGAACUGGUCAUGA